CUUUCACUUCUCUCUCUUUAUAUCUCCCCCUGCCCCCCGAGUCGGGUCGGGUCUACUGAGUAGCGACUCGCCGGCUAACUUGGCUCUUUGUUCUGCUCCCCCUCCACAUGGGCUCCACCUCCGCCGUAUGCCGGCGGUCGCGCAGCUCCCACCGCCGCGGCUCGUGGUGUUGCUCCUUUACGGUCCCGCCUUCAAGCCCCGAAGCCAUAACGCUCUCCCAGAAGUCACAUACCACUAAGAGCCUCCACCACCACGGCAACGGCAAAGGUAACGGCGGCGUUAAGCCCGAGAAGCCCCGCGACUCAUUCUCCAAGCUCAGCUUCACUAACUCUAUCCCCAACUCACCGCAGAGCUCCAAAUCCGGCCUCGGCCUCGUCGGCCGGAUCGACCCUCGCCGGAUCUUGUCUCCCGGGAGAGUCUCCCCAAUCGACCCAGAUUCGGCUACGGAGGCCUACCCUGACCCUAAUUUGGCCAUCCCGUCUCGGUCCGGGAGCUUCCGGUCCCAGUCAGAGAGGUUCUCGAUGACCCAGCUGCAUGCAGAGAGCUUCCGGGACCUACCUGAGAGCCCUCCAGCCGUGCCUGAGGAUCUGCCCGAGCCGGCCAGUUUGGGACCCAACAAAGGCUUUGAUGUGAGGCUCAAUCUGAGGUCGAAGAAGGCGGGCGGGGGAAGCUUGGUUCUGGAGCUCAGCUCGGAGGUCCUCUGCUCGAACUCUGAGGUCUUUGCGGGCCUCGUCGCGAAGUACAAGAAGGGUUCUUCCGGCAGGGAGUCAUCUUCGAGCGUGUGCCGAAUAGAAGUCCCCGACGUGGAGAAUUUGGGGGUUUUCAGGGAGACGAUUGAGCUAAUGUUCGAAGAUGAUAUUGCCAAGAGCCUCAUGAAGAUUGGUGUCUAUCGGUGCAUUGAUGUACUCGAGGUAUCGGUGAGCAUAUUGUUCACGCGAGGGGUGGCAUCCUGUUUGAAGUACAUUGAGGCUAUUCCGUGGACUGAGGAAGAAGAGGAGAAACUCCGGGGCCUGUUUACUCGGGUCAAGUUUGAUGAAGCUACGAUCAAUGAUAUCAUGUAUAGACUCUGUAAUGUUGAAGCAGAUUGUGAACAAAACCUAGCGAAACAACUUGUGUGUUCCAUCACUUCCUGCACUGACCAGAAUGCUCGGAACGAACUCAAGUCCCUCGUGAAGGGCCUCCUCUCGAAGAGCUCAGUCUAUGAGAAGGACAACUCUGACCUAAACAAGGAGGAAAUUUACGGAGUCUGUCGCUCCUGUCUCGCUUCCCUAGUCACCCUUUUUAAUGAGGCCUCGGGUAACAUCAAGAGCGAAGAGGGCAAGCCUCUCAUAGAAAGAAUCUCGAGAGAAGUUGAUAACAUCAACUGGCUGCUCGAGAUACUCCUCGAUCGGCAAAUGGCUGAGGAUUUCGUCUCGAUAUGGGCGGAUGAAGAAGCGCUGGCAAAGCUCCAUGAGGUUGCUUCACCAAUGGUGCGCUACGAGCUCAGCCGGGUCUCAGCGGUCCUGUUCAUUGCAAUGGGGACGAGGAAGCUUCAAUGCGGGCUCGAGGCAAGGUCAGGAAUCUUCCAUUUAUGGUUCAGGCCGAUACUAUCGGACUUUGGAUGGCUGCAGAGGUGCCAAAAGGGGCUCGAGAUGAAGUUGCUCGAGGAAGCUAUGGGUCAGGUUUUGCUCACUCUCCCUCUGAAGCAGCAGUAUGGGAUGUUCAUGGAGUGGUUCAGGUGCUUCUCUAAGCAAGGAUCCGAAUGCCCGAACCUCAGCAAGCCGUUCCAAAUCUGGUGGAGAAGAUCAUUCCUUAGGGGCUCCGAGACACAUUCGAUUGAGUGUAGGUGAGGGGUUUGGAAUUAAAUGUACGGAAUGCGAAUGAAAUCAAAUGACACUUAUAUUCUACUAGAGAGGAUUGGGAGAUUGAUGGUUAAUAAUCGGGUGAGGUACGUUGGACUUAUGUAGAAUCCGUGAAUUGAAUUGUAGUUAGAUGUAGGUGGCAAUGUAAUUUUCUUCGGUUUGUCUAUCUCUGUUGUGGCUGUGUGAAUAUUCCAGUUUCUGGACAGAAGAGAUCAUGAGGUCGCUGAUUCCAGCUAA